UGUCACCAUUAUUCUCUCACUAUCCCCCUUUUCCCUCUCGCUCUCACAGUCACAGACUCACAGAGCAGUGAGUCCCCUGCAACACCUCUCCACCAAUCACAGACCAAACCUCUGCAAACUCCACCAGCCAUUCUCCGUUCAGCCAAAAAGCACACGCCAACCACUUUCACGGCAGAUUUUACCCUGAACCCAGAUCGCAAUUUGUCCUCUACUAAAGCCGUCUUACAGACAUUGCAGAAGUAGCCAGCCAAAUGUGUUGAUCCAGGUUUGUGCGCGCAGAGCCGUCCUGUCCUGGUCCGUUUCUUUUUUGCUGAGGAAUGCAGCACAUGGAGAGUGCAGAGAAGGAGAAGAAGAGGAAGAAGCCCCCCACUAAAGGCAAAGUAGCGACCAAGGAAGAUACUUCAGAAGGAGUGUGCUUCUUCUGCAAAGAUGGUGGAGACCUUAGAAUCUGCGACUUCAAGGGAUGCACCAAAGCUUACCACCAUGAAUGCGUGGAGAAGGAGAAAUCCUUCUUGGAUGACGACGCGUACUGGAAAUGCGCUUGGCACUCUUGCAUGCUAUGCGGGAAAUCGCCGAAAUUCCAUUGCUUUUGUUGUUACAAGGCUGUUUGUGGGCGCUGCCUCUGUGAUGUGGACUUUGGCGUUGUGAAGAGUACCAGAGGGUUCUGUGACCACUGUUUGACCCUCGCUGGGCUGAUCGAAGGCACGAAAACGGCAGCUCCUGGGCAGGAGGUGGACUUUGAUGCGCCAGAUUCUUACGAGUACUUCUUCAAGUACUAUUGGGAGGGGGAGGUUAAGGUGAAAGAAGGCUUGACUAAAGAAGUCCUGGUAUCUGCUCAAAAACAGCUGAAAAAGGAGUUGGAUCGCGAAACUGCAUUGGACCCAGUUUGUGAUGCUAAGGAAGAUUCAAGUGGGUCAAGUGGUUCAAGCUGGAAUGAAUCGGAUUACGCUGAUGUGAGUCCUGGUAAACAGCGUAAAGCGAGGCGUAGGGGUAAGGUUGGCGAGGGAAAGCAUCAUCCUGUUAAGAUGAAAAGAUUUGGGUCGAAGAAAAGGGAGUUCAGUGGAUGGGGCUCAAAGGCGCUUGUUGAAUUCCUUACUUCCAUAGGUAAAGACAUUUCUCAGCAACUGUCUCAGCAUGAGGUUGCGGAAAUCAUUAAGAGGUACUCUGCUGAGAACAACUUAUUCGAUCCAGAGAAAAAGAAGCAAAUUGUCUGUGAUGCAAAACUCUACACGCUUUUCGUGAGGAAAUCAGUCAACAAAAACAGAAUACAUGGGCAUCUGGCUAAGCAUUUUGCUGAAAACCAAUCGGAUGAUGAUUUGGACUUGGCAGAAGAAGAUUGGUUUGUGGUUGAUGGUGAGGAUGAUGUUCAAGUGGCCAAUAAGAAACCAAGAACCUCAGAAGCUAACUGCCGGGACAAGGUAGCAGCGGUUCCUCCUGUCAAUAGGAGGUGCUUUGCAUCCGUGACUACUGAGAACAUGAAGCAUGUGUUCUUGAAAAAAAGUGUAGUGGAAGAGCUGUCGAAGGAUUCUGAUAAUUUCGAUGUGAAGGUUAUUGGAAGCUUUGUGAGAGUCAAAGCUGAUCCGCAUGAUUACUCUCAGAAGAAUUCACAUCUCCUAGUACAAGUGACAGGUGUAAGGAGACAAUUUGGGGAAUCAAAAGAGUCUAUUCUUCUGCAAGUUUCUGAUAUGAUGGGAGAGAUGCCAAUCUGCAAGCUCAGUGACGAGAACUUCGCUGAGGAAGAGUGCCAGGACCUGCGUCAGCGUGUGAAAAAUGGCUUCAUCAAGCGGCCUGUCAUUGUGGAGUUUGAGGAGAAGGUCAGAGUUCUGCAUGAGUCUAUUACAAAAGAUAUGUUGGAUGUCAAUUAUACUGACAUUUGCUUGCUGCCUUCCUUGAUGAAGUGGAUUCAGCGGGAGUUGGUCAUACUAAAACGCCUCCGUGACCAGGCUAGUUUAAAGGGAUGGAGAAGAGAAUAUCCUUUACUGCUAUGAUUGGUCAAACUUCAGAAGCCAGAAGAGCAAUCUCGGUUGCUACAAGAGAUUCCAGAGAUUGUUGCCGAUGUAGAAGAGCUGGAACCUGCAUCUGAAGAAAUUUGCAAGGAUGAACAAGAAGUUGUCGAAUGUCCAGAAACAACUCUGAGGUUUUCAAGAGGGAGUAGGAUUAUUUGGUGUCCAACCGAUCAAGCAGAUGUUGCAGGUGAUGGACACUUCAUAAACGUUGCAGGAGAUGAAGUUGCUGAUAACUGUCCUUCUGGACUUGCUAGAUGUGGAAGGUUGUCUGACAAAGAAGAGGAAGGCAGAGAAGAGAAGAGUAGAAACACGAAAACUGAUUAUCCAGGAGUUGAAGGUGGUGAUAACAAUCAUUCUGGACUUUUUACAAAUCUCUGGUCUGAUAAAGAACACAAAAGCCGAGAAGACCCGGGCAUAAACACCAAAACAGUUCAUAAAGAAGGAGAAGAAGUUGGUGACCACUGUCCUCCUGUACUUGCUGGAUCUUUCUGGUCUGACAAAGAAAUGAAAAGCAGAGAAGAUAUUAAGAGCAUAAACACCAAAAUAGAUUGCGAAGCUAAACUGCAUCAACAGUUUGGUGAAGCUGCCUGUAAAAAAAUAGACGAUGGGAUGCUCCAAACACAGAGCCAAGAAGCAGCAAAGGAGGAAGAGCAUCAUCAGGAAGUUAUGCACGAGAAUAACGCAUACAAUGUGCUACUUUCAUCCAGAGUAGAAAGUGAACCCGAUGAUGUUGUUUCAGCUAGCAACCAGGACCAGUGGGAAUUAUCUAAAGAAGCUAAUAAGCAUCGUGACCAGGGGAAGAAACAGCAGCCACAGUGUGCAGCAGCAGCAGCAGCUAAUGUGGUAUUAAUAGAUCUAAGCGAUGAUGACGAGGAUGUCGACGGUGAUGGUAAACAGAAGAGUAUGAAUCCAAUGGUCAGCAGCAAGGAAAACAUCAAUGUGAAUGCUCAAGUAUGGAACUGUAUGAAUCCAAGUGGGGCACAACUACAAGGACCAUACUCAAUGUUAAUGUUGAAGCGAUGGAAGGAUACCAGCACUUGUCCCUUUUUGGCACAGUACAGGGUUUGGAGGGAAGGCCAAAGCAGAGAAGAAGCUGUCCCUUUGGACGAAGCUAUUCGUCAAGCUUACGGUCCAAACUUGUAAAAUGCAGUCGAUCUGGGAAAAUGGUACUCCUUGGAUGAAGAACAAUUGCAUUGGUACCUUGUCUUAGCAGAUAUUGAAGUUUUAGGAAAUCCCGGUGUGAAGAACUUUGUAGAUCAACCAGUCUUAAGUUUGUAGUUUGAUGUAAAUUCCGGGCCUUAUGGCAUUAACCUCAAGAGCUCCAGGCUAGAUCAGAUGUUACCAUGUGUAAAGCUAUGCUCCAUAUAAUGGGCAAUGGGUGUUUAUGUGAAUUGUGCCUGCUUCAAAAUGAUUAACCAAAUUGAGGUAGAUGAAGUAACCGACAUGGGAUUAAA